UGCGAAUGGAUUUUAGUUCUUUGCAGACGCUCGUGCGGUGAGGGUUCGUGGCUUGGGUAUCGUUCGUUCGUUUGCGAUUUCAGAAGGAAGGUGUCCAAAAAUCAAAGGCUGCAAGGGCCGAACUGGUGCAAGGACAUCGAGUGCGUGAUUUUGCAAGAAGAUGACAGUAACGGAGCUCUGACUUCCGUGAGUUCGUGUCGCAAAUCCAUCCCAUCAGUGGGAAGUGCGUAAGAAUCGUCCAGCGAUCGCAGCUUGUCGCCGCGGUUCCGUAUUCGCCGCCUACCACCCACCGUAGUGCUCCCCACUAGUCCGUCCGCUCGUACUUGACCUUCGUGCUCGAUUGAAAACGCCCAUCGACGACACCCGAGAAAACGCAUCGCGAAUUGUCGCCGCGGUGCUGUGCGUAUCGUUUCACACGUGAUAGCUAGCGUGCGGCGAGGGAGGUCCCGUGCGGUUCAGGCGUUGGGAGCGUGUUUACAUAUUCGCGUGCUUGGAGUCGUUGCGUGAUCGCGGCUGUAUUGCAAAUUGCACGUGCCUAGUGCGUUCCGCCCCGAUCGCAGUGCGUGCAGGCGAGUCGCGAUGCGCUCCCGACCCCGCUCGUCCUGGUGGGCCUUGGCGCUUAUCCUUGCCGCCCUUGGAUUACAUGCAGAUGCGGCCACGACCGCGGGCAGCGGCCUCUUCGGCAAGGUCAAGCCGACCUAUACGCGAGUCCUGCAGUGCCGCGAGGGAUGCUUAGAAAAGUUCGCCAUUAAGGAGUCGAUAUGUCAGCAACGGCCUGAAUGUUCGAUGAGUGGAUUUCCACCCUAUAAAUAUAAUUCCCUUCCUGAUGCGCUACACCUAUUGUGUUGGGAUGAAUGUGCCAAACCACCACCUCCCAAGAUCAACAAAUCCAUCUUGGAGACGUGGGCCCUUCGGACUGUGUCAAUGCUUCAACAAGGUGCAUUAGUACUUGUCGAUGUUGCAUGGGCACCAUUGAAUAUGCCUAAUCAAUGCCUGGUUACGUGGGAAGUAUCGGGUGGUGGUCUCAUGGGAAAUCUUCUGACAGAGUCAUCCAGUGUCCAGCUAUCGCUUUGGCCGGAUACCAAAUACAGAGUGCAAGUCACAUGCAAGAAUAAGAAAACUGGUGCAAUGAGUCGCUCCCUUCCGCUCACUAUUGAUACUAUGGAAGCCAAUCCUAUAGCAACAAAGGAGACUGAAGUAUCUUCUUCAACUACUCCUUCUGUACAAACCAUCGGCACGACCACCACUCCUCAAGAUCCUACAACUAUAAUUUCAGAUGACGAGUUGAAAUACAAGGAGUUCCAUGAAUUCUACGAUCACCUGGCAGCCAAAUGGAAUCCGUCAAACAGUGGUGAUGUCACCGUUAGCAAGGUAGUUCCCGCAAGCCAAUCAGAUUAUAGUACUCUUCCAAUAGCCACCCUGUCCGAAUUGCAACAACCUCUUCUCGCUUGCGCAAUCGGCGGGGUGAUAGUUCUAGCAGUGGUCCUGUCAUUUUACGUGUGGCUAUGGACUGCCCAUAGCACUCCUAGCGAUAAGAAGCACCUUUUCGAAGAAGACAAUAGUUCAGUAAUAUGUCCGUCAAUUGGGGAGACAAAUCAUUUUGGCAGUGGUGUAGCAACUGACAGCGACACCGCGGCCCUAGAUCCUACCAACUACUCAAGAACUGUCCAUGUUCUGACAGUGUAAAAUGUAAAGACUACUAUGCCACUCUGUAACCAAUAAUAAUUAUAAUAAUCAACUACUAUUAAAUUUAACUGACAAAGCAGAAGCGAUGAUUGUGUUGGCAGGAAAUAUGACCUACAAAUACACGAAACAAAAAUACGAGUGAAGCUUAGAUUCUUAGGCAAACAAAUUCAAAAUGUCUUCUAAGGCAAUGUGUGAUCGUGCGAGUGAGAUAUGUAUAAAUAAAAUUGAAAUAGACUAACUAAGCGUUUAUCUAAGGGUUAAGCCGAGGCGAAAGAAGUGAAUCUCAAUUAUCCGUUUCAAGGACUGCUUCUGAUGACGGUUUUCUUUCCAUUUGUUUGGCAUCAUAUUUCUAGGUUAUGAGUUAAGCCGUUUUUAUAUUUUCAAGCAUUCAAACUUUGUUUUCAUCCAUAUUCAGUUAACCUAUGUAUAGGCUCGCGUGUGAGUGCGUUUACUUUGAUCGAGUGAAAGGAUUUGCUUCAAUGUAUGUCUGCAAUUAUCCCCGCAUGGGACUUGACUCAAUGAUCUUGUAUAAUAUUACGAUAUUUGAACUACAAUACAAAUUAAGAUACCUUGUAAACUUGGAGUGAUGGAAAAUCCUCAAGUAAAAUAAACACUUUCAAAUGCAGGAAAUGCCAUUCAGACAAAAGGCAGGAUGCAGUCGAAUCAGAAGGUUGAACUAUUCCUUUGUAGAUAGCUAACUUAUUAGGAACUAAGCAGAAAGAAAGCAACUAAGAACAUAUAAUUAUAGAAACUAAAGCAAAAAAAGUAUAUAUUCUCUAAGGGUAAACUUUCAAAUGAAUCAAAAACAAAAUAUCUAAAAAUGCUUCUAUUAAAUAUAAGACAAAUGGGUAAUGUGUAAAAGACAAGGCAAAAACCAGAAAACAUCAAUUUGUUGUAAGAAAUUCAUUGAGAAUGGAAACUAUUAUAAAUGAAAAAUUGAAAUUAUGUAAAUUUCAACUAGUCCAAAUCGGGUUAAAUAAACUGAAAAGGAAAAUGCUAAAUAGAAAUUUAAA